CAGUGGCAGCGCAGACCGCGAAGCGUGAUCCAAUCGCCGGGCUCGGGGGGCGGGCGCUGCGCUCGAGCGCGCGGCGGGAGGAGAUGGCGGUGCGGCGGACGCUGCGGGAGCUGCUCCAGGACCGGGAGCUGUUCCAGGACCAGCAGCCCGUCGGGACCAUCGUGCUGGAGCGGGCAUCCUCCCCCACCGCUGCCGCCCGGAUACCGCCGCCGCCGCCGUCGCCGCCGUCUUCCUUGCCACCGGCCGCGGAGCCGGCGUCGCCGCCGCGGCGACAGGGUCCGCUGCCGGAGCUGUGCGCCGUGUUCCACUGCCGCGGCUGCUGGACGGUGCUGGGGGACUCGCUGCAGCUGUGCGCGCCGGAGGAGCCGCGGCUCGGCUUCCUCGCCUGCUUCAAAGUCACCGGUGAUGUGAUCUGGGAGGAUUCGCUCUUGAUCGGCCUCGAGGAACCGCUCCUGGGAUGUGCUUACAAUGCGUUAUCCUGUCGGUCAUGUGGCUUGUCUGUGGGCUUCAUCCUUCAUUCUGCCGCCAGUGACAUGGCGUAUCUCCGAGGCUUGUUCUGUUUCUUCAAGGACAGAAUCCUCUGUUAUCUCUUAGAAAACCAAAUGGUUAUAGAAGCUUCUAAGGUGGAUUUUCCUGCUGUGACCUUAAAGAAAGAAGUGCAGGAACUGAAAGAAAAGCUUGUGGAGUUCCACAUUCGCAUGGAAAUGCUGACGAACAAGCUGAAGGAACUUGAACAAAGUAAUUAUGUAACACAGUGGCAGAGCUCUGCAUCAGAUACAGAUGGCCUGCCACCAGGAUAUGCAGGAGUUAGGAUCAACUAGUAGCCAUUUUCAAAAACUGCUGGACUUGUUUCUGCAUCUCUGCAGAGUUUGUUCAUUGUGGUGAAAUAAUGCACCAGAUCAG